AUGGGGAGAGCGCUGAGCACCAUUCGUGAAGGCAACAUGGUUGGCCUCUCUGGAGACGACGAAGCUUCUCUCCAGAAGCUAGUCCAUGAUUAUUUUGUAGAUGGUAGCGUCGAAAGCGAUGAUGACAGUGCUGAGGAGAGUGAGGAAGAGGUGGAGGGAGCCGAAGCUCUGGGUGAUCAAGGAUUACCCGGAGAUUUGGAAGCGGAUGUCAAUUUUUUUCCAGAUCAAGACGGCGGCGACGAUGAUGAUGAUGUUGAUGAUGAUGAUGGGGACGACGACGACGAUCCACCCGUUGUAAACGAGCUGCAACGUGUGGAGCACUUACUCGGAGAAGCAGCAGUUGCCGAAGACCACGACAUGGAGCAACAGAGAGCCAUCGACUUCAGCUGCGACUGUUCAACAUUUGAAGGAAGACCGUGUAUUCAGCAAUUCACCAACGAGGAAGUAUUCAAAAUUCGCUUAGACAUGCAGGGAUUGACAGAAGUAGAUCAACAACGUCAGGUGAAAUGUCUGUUGAAGAAGUAUGAGAUGGCACUCACGGAUCUACCAGGACGUUGUAAGUUUUCCGAACUUGACAUUCAACUAACAACAUUAGACCCAGUUAGGUCGAAGCCUUACCCUCUACCACAUGCCCUUCGAAACACAGUGUCCGAAGAAAUCAAGGCAAUGCUUGAUAUGGAUGUCAUUGAAAGGUCCAACUCUCCCUAUGCAUCCCCGAUUGUCUUAGUUAGCAAAAAGGAUGGAUCGCAACGCUUUUGUAUAGAUUUCAGAAGGUUGAACCGAGUGACAGUGUUCGAUGCAGAGCCAAUGCCAGAUGCAGAAGAAAUUUUCAGUAAACUUUCAGGAGAUAAGUAUUUUUCCAAGAUUGAUCUCAGUAAGGGGUACUGGCAGAUUCCUCUAAGCGAAGCCGGCAAAAGAAAAGACCAGUUUCAUUAG